AUGUCUUUGUUACUAAGUGCUGUUGCUUCGAUCUUCAUCUUUCAUCCCCAGCUUAUGUCUUUGGCCGUUGAUUCUUUGUCUUCUCUUGCUUCCAUGGAUCCGAAGUUCAGCAUGACCUUAUUACUUGGAAUUUUGUUUUACCUUAAAAUAUUCAGCGCUUCAAGAGAUAACUCAGCAAAAAAAUUGGUAUGCAGUUAGCAUUUUGCUGCUCUUUGGUUAAGUAUUUCCAUAGUUAAUCUGUGAUAACACAUUUUUGGUGCAUAAAUUCAUUUGAUUGCAGCUUAAAAUUUUGGAAAUGCUUCCACUGCUGGCCUCAUCUUCUGCUAUGGUACCACUGAUUCUCCAGAUUCUUAUGCCAAUGCUGCAGGAGGAUGCAAAACCGUAUGGCAUCUAUCUCACUCAUUCUAAUUAUUUAUCUGACUUCUCAUUUGGUGUGUUCUGUGUUUUUGAAUAUCACCGAAACUUAAAGCCAAUCUGGAUCAGCAUUGUUAAAAUGUACGAUGUCCCUUGGACCGUAGGAAGCUUUGGCUAAGCCUCGGUGUAAGCCUAAAAAGUUGAAUAAUUUCAGCAUAGGUUUUUCAAAACAAUUUAAAAGCUGGUCUGUUGCAUCAACUCGAUCAUUAGUUUAAAAGAGAUGAACAUGAGAAAUCCAACAUUAUUGUCCUGGAGUGCUUUUCGGUUGAAAUUUUCAUUGAGUUCAUUUCUUGUGAUGAAUUACUAUUCUAAUUGAUCGGUAGGUGUUCCAUCUCUCUUGGAGACACCAUGCAUGGGUAAAUAUAUAUUUUUUUCUUUCAAACUCAUUUUGUGGCGCUAGUUGUGUAGAAAAAUAUCAAAUACUAGAGGAAGUAGUCUUUUUUUCUUCCAGAAACAUUAAAGAACUAAAACGGGAUACCUGUGUCGAGUUAUGGGUUUGAAAAAAGACGUGGGUUUCCUGAAGGAUACUCUUAUUUUAUUGUUAUUUAAUAUGGAUUUUGUGUGACAAUCUAGUUGUGUCUAGUUAUGAAGCUCAUUUCAUAUAAGGGCCAUUCGUUGCACAGUUUUGACUGGAAUAUCAUGUGAUGCCAAAUAAGCUUCAGGAGUGCCUGAUUGGCGUGAUUUGAGUGUUCUGGGUUGGGAAAAACCACUUUUAAGUGGGUGUUGGGGGAGAGAGAUAGGGCUUGGAAUAUGGAUAAAUCACCUUGUCCCUGCCACCUUUAGGACAAAGGAAACUCAGAAAGGUCUGAUUGUCUGAUCAUACCAGGGAGGCAGGGGGUGCAACAGUACUUCGGGGGUCAAUAAAUCCAUUGCAAGGUACUUAAAAUUGACUGACACCCUUCCAGGUCAGUAUCAAUAGUAUUCGGUCAAUAUGGUAGGGGGACAGUUCCCCAAAAUCAGGUUUGUUUUGUGGGGCUUGUUCAUCAUGGACUUGGGUGAUUUAGGGUUUGACUUAUUCUGAAAUCGUACAAUUCAGGAAAAUUUCUCUAUAAAUCAACAGAUUUCCAACUGUUCUGAACUGGUCCAGUUGGUCCAAGUGGCCAACCAGACAGUUUAAGAAAGCUUUGAAUGGGUGAACCAGACACUAAUCUGAAAUUCGCUACAGUAGACACUAGAUAAGAAGAAAUUGAAGAUGCGUUUUUUAUUUUUUUACAUUUUAUUUUCUUUUCUUUACCUUGUGUGUAGUGUGCCACUUUCAUUUGAGCUGAUAAAUUUCGCAGUUCUCAAUUGUUAUUUGAUCAUCUGGAAUUGAUUUGUAGAUCCGUUUCCUGUUCAGGUCCUUUUUUUCUCAUAAUUUCAGUUUUGAUAAUGCAUUUGAUCCUAAGGUUCUGAUGUAUUUUUUAUUUAUCCUAAAGUGUGUUGAGAAAUCUGGAUGCAUUGAGAACACUUACAUGGGAGGAGAAACUUCCUCUGUCACAGAGGACAGAGGGGAGGAACGGUGGAAACCGCCACUCUCCAUUUACCUUUAACGUCCCUUAAAUAGGGACGAACCCUACAUACAUCUUCCCAUAAUAUGCUUAGUCCUUUACAAUACUACCCCUUUACAAUAUAGCCCUCUACAAUAUCAUUUCGAUUUUGAUAAUGUAUUUGAUCCGGAUGUUCUGAUAUUAUUUUUUAUUUAUUCCAGAGUGCUAUACGCCAUGGCUGUUCGUUUGCUAUGUAAGACAUGGAUUGUUACAGAUCGUGUUUUUGGAACCUUACAGGUAAGCCAAGCGAUGUCGUUCUUGUUGUUUACUUAACAGCAUCAGAAACUAUUUGAUUUAUACGCACAGACACAAACAGAGCUAAACAUUUGUGAUGGCUUGUAAUGUCAAGAUUCAACGAUUAAAGUAAUCUUUUGGCAUCAAUUUUUUCGUUUCAAUGUCACUUGUAUUUCUCCCAACUGGUUAACAUUAAGUCAUUCUCUUGUUAGUUGACUAUUGUGUACCAGAAAUACUUGUUUUAUUCGUCUUACUGAUUAACUUCUUUCCAAAUAUUGAACCAAAAAAAUAAAAUUUCAUGUGCGAUUUCUUAUCAUUGAGGAAAUAUAUCUAGUAAAACUUCACCUCUUUUUUCUUAUAAUAGUUCACCAUUGAUCUUAGUUGCAGAAAUAGAUAUACUUAGGUUGAGCUCCUCACCUUGCUCAACAAUGCUUACAAAUGUUUUUAUAAAAAGCCUUGUAGGCGAGCCCAGUUUAUGAUAAGUUUUCCAUUUUCACAUUGAAAUGUUCUGGAUCUAGCAAUCUUGCCCAGCAUGAACCAAUCUUUCAUAUAGAUGUCAAGUAUUUGUAGACUUCUGGCUCUAUGCCUGAGUUUGGAAGCAAUCUUCUCUAAUUUAACAGCUUUUCAGCCCUCCUGUUUAAACUCGUAAGGAUUCAAAAGCUGUAACCCUUCUCCAGUCAUGAUGCUUGGGUUGUUUCCAUUGUCCACUUUAUGAGCUGCCCACAAGACAUAAUGUCUGUCCUCCGUUUUAGGAAGGUUUUUUCACUCCGGCUUGCUAGCUGAUGACAUGGCCUUGUUGUUUGACAUCUUGACUUGAAUCUCACCUCUAAGAUCUAGAGCCACCUCUAAGAUCUUUACCACUAUUGGGAAAUUGGAUUUUUUGGGUGGUCAUGGAUCAUCUAUUCUUUCUCCGAGCUUCCCCUACCUUCUGUUUGUAGAAUCAAGGGGAAGUUGACUAUAGCUAGGCGGCACUCCUACUUGGGUCUGAGUUAGCCAGUAAACCAAGGAUUAUAUCGAAGAUUAGUUAAUAAACAAAAGAUUAAAACAAAAUUUAGCCAGGAAACAAAGGAAAGGCGGCACUCCUAUCUUCACCAGUAUCAGCUAAUAGUGGUGCCUAUUCUAAGUAGGCUAAAACUAAAAGUUUACUGACUAACCUUUCAUAUAAUCCUUUGUUAGCAUGAGAGAUAAGUGGGCUUUCUUAUCACUUCUAAUUGAUUCACGUCAAUUAGAGUCUCAAUUGAUUUAUACUUGCUCGCUGAUAUCUCAUGAAAGAUCUAAUGCAUAUUUUCCUUGACAUAUGUAAAUACUUUUAGAUCUUUCCGCUUGAUACCAAGGGCUCGAGGUUAUUUACAUCUUUGAUUUCAAAUUUUUCAAGAAGUUUGGUCCUUACAUGUAAUCUCCUUACUAUCCUCACUGUUGAGUACUUUACAGUCAACAUAUGCAAUUAAAAUGCAAUAAUUUAUUUCUUGCAACUUUGUAAAUAAGGUAUGAUUAAAAUUGUUCUGCUUAAAGUCCAAGGUGAACAAGAUUUUUCUGAACAUAUCAAAUCAGACUCAUGGUGAUAGCUUAAACCUGCAUAGAACUUUCUUUAGUUUCCACACGUUUCUUUUGUAAUGUACUGUGGGUAUUCAUAUAGAUUUCCUAUUAAAAGUCCUUAUUUAAGAAAACAUUUUAACAUCAGGUUGGAGGAGAUUUCAUUGGUUUAAGGCAUUUUGUGAUAAGUUUAUCUUUACUAAUUUAAGCUUCUACAUAAUGCAAAGGUUUCUUGGUAGACGAAGUUAUAAGUUUAUGUAGAGACUUUGCUACUAAUAUUGCCUAUAAUCUUCUUUCCUAUUAGAGGUUUUAAGAUUAUGAUAUUCAGUUUCCUUUUAAAGGCUUUCACUGUUUCACCCAUUACGUGUAGUUAUUUUGAAUAUUUUAUGGCCCCUACAAAAGAGCUAGGAAGAGAGAAGGAAGCUUAAGUAUACGUAAAAGUAGUACUAAACAUAUUGCAUUGCCAAAUUGAAGCCUUUUAACACUACAACCAUAUUGAGUUUGAAUCAUUUUGCAGAAAAUCUAAAUAAUGUGAGGAACUAUCUCUAGUUUUCAUUAGAAAAUCUGUGUGGUUAAAUAAUAGUCAUCAAUAAGGUUUACAAAAUAUUUGCAUCCAUCCAUAGAGGGUGAAAAAGGGUCCCCAUACAUUAGAAUGGACAGCAUAAAAUAAACAUACUUUUAGUGUAAGAAAAAGUGAGUAAAGUAUAAAGUAUAACAAUGUUUAGAUACUUAUAAGACAUAAUAUUCAAGGAAAUUAUGACUUGUUUGACUAAAAAUAGAUGUAUACCAAAUAUUUAGGGACAUAAAGGUUCGGAAUCUCAUGAACCUUUUCUAUUCAUACUCCUUGAUAUUGACAUCCACUCUUCAUGUUGGAACGAAAAGGUUUGGGAUACCAAUCAUGGAUUGAUUGCACUAGUGUUUAUGACUUCUGAAUUGAGUGAAUUGAGAAAUAUUGUCCUUACAUUUCCUCAUAAGUACCUACAUCUCUUUUUGUCACUUUCUGUAAAAUAGGAUGUUGAAUCCGCCACUAAUUGAACCUAAAAUCGCCGUUACAACAACACCAUCAUCCAGCUCUUGCGUAACAUGUCUCCGGCAAUCCUCAUUCGAGUGUUUGAGGUUUUUCAUUAAUGUGGUUACUCUUACUCCUCUCCUUAAUAUGGAAGUGAAGUAUUGUAAAUCACACUUCAUAAUGAUCCCAACGAUUUUCAUCACUCUUAGAUGAAGAUCAAUCUCUUAAGUAGGAAUUAAAGUUGAUCUCGCUACUUCCAGAUAACAUUGUCAAAGAUUUGUUCAAGGAUAUGUCACUAAGAUUUUAGAACUUUUGACGGAAGAAUUAUUAAAUUAUUCAGCAUUAAUGGUGGCUUUUGAGAAAGAGACUAUGUAAAACUCCUGUGAUGAUUCCAAUAGAAUAUGCUUGCUUUUAUCUUAGUAAACAUAAAUAUCCUUGGAUCAACUGAUUUAUACUUUAUCCAGAUAUCAUUUGGAUCUUUGAACUGGCACUUUUCUGUCCUCAGAUACUGCAUAUUUAUUUGUUCUUAUGCCCCACUCGCAUCUCAGAAAUGUUAAGCGGGAAUUGAUUUUUCUUGAUGAUGAGACAGGGAGUUUUGGAUCCAAAAGCAUUUUCUAUCUUUGCCACCCAGAGAGAUAUUUGCUUGAGCAUUGCUGCUUCCAUACGAGAUGUCUGCAGGCACAAUCCUGAUAGGGGUGUUGAUCUCAUUUUGUCUGUUUCGGUGGGGUAGCUUGAUAACUCUAAUUAUUUAUUUUACAUUUUAAUUAGAGUUUUGCUAAAGGUUGUUCUUUCUGCAUUCCCAGUCAUGCAUUGAAAGUAGAGAUUCAUCUGUCCAAGCUCUUGGUUUUGAAGCUAUUUCUUACUUGUCUGAAGCUGAUGUCAUUGGUAAUCCUUCUUGCCUUAUUUUUCACCGUCCUUUUUUUCACUUUUUCUUGUCACCUAGAAUUCUGGAGUAGUACGAUACCCACCCUGAAAGAACAUGUUUUUGUUGAUGACGACAGUGUUUUUGCAUGUCCAUCUUACGAGCUUUCAGAAUUCCUUCAGAAUUAGCUGUGGUGGAUUUAUUGGCGUGUCUAAUUUAUUCUGUAUUGCUUUCCGUUUAUUAGACUUGAUAACUCUUUAGAUUGCCAAAAUUACGAGCAAAGGAGGCUUCAAGUUCAAUGUGAAGUUGUAAAUGUCAUGUCGUCUUUGUGGAAUUCAAUCAAUAUUAAAGGGGAUAUCGUCUUCUUCAUAAUGGGGUAUCUUUAUCGACAAUGAUAAUUUUAGGCCAAAUGACACUAAAGGGGAGUCUGUUACCAACGUCGUCCUUGAUGAGGCAUUUACUAGUGUGUAACGCAUUAAAGGACUGCCUAACUGUUAAAGUUCAUUUGAAAGAAUUAAUAUGAAAUGUUUCAUUGUUGAUUGGUCACGAAAAUAAAAUUUCAUUAAUUCAGGCAAAUAUCUAGCGACGCAUUCGUCUUGCCUUUGAGGUCUGAAAAUAUAUUAAGGUAAUGGAUGGGAAUUUCACCCUCCCUUCCUUUAUAGAUUAUAAGUUUUGCCUCCAUUCUUUGCUAUUGUCGCCAGUACAUCCUUGGAGGAGAAUUCCAGUUCUGAAGAAGGAAUUGUCUAGGUGUAUUACAUGUCUUAAAGAUAUCCACAUAAUGGUCAUCGAAUGAUUUUUUUCUAUAUGUAUAGAUCAUCAUUUCGUAUAUGUUCGUUUCGUAUGUAUAGAUCAUGAGAGGAAAUAAUUGCAUUGCAUGAGAGUGUUUUGCUCUCCACGGCUAAGUUAUCUAUGAGCUUUGUGGCUAUUCAUUUGUGUUAAGUUACCAAUCGUCACUCUAGUUAUCUAUAUUUUCCCCUCAGAUUUCUAUACUGCAUGGAGCAUCAUUGAGAAACAUAUGCUGGACUAUUCUGAAGAUCCUGUUGUUGCACUUGGGUAAGAAGAAACCUUUUUUAUGGGUUUUCUAGUUUUAGCUCCCUCUUAAUAUCUCAAACUAUCUAUAACUUCCUUUUUUUUUCAAUAAUGCAUGUCCAUCAAAACAUUCUAAUUUUUAGAUAUUACCCCUUUGAUUAGUAUCUAUUAGUUUAAAUAGGAUUAAUGCCUGGGUUAAUUACUCAUGUGAAAAUGAUCUGAGUACCCUCGAUAUCUCACUCGCAUAAAUUUGUGGCCUAAAUUCACAUGUGACCUCCUGUCUCCACACGAAAGUGGGUCCUUACCCGAUCUGGCAGCCUUUUGUUGUGGUUUCCUCCCAGUACGUCCUCCCCAUGCCCUUGUCCUCUAACUCACUGCCGUCUAUUCCUCAAUCUGGCUGCUCCCUCCGUCUGGGUCACUUUCUCCCUGGUUUCUCACUCUUUCCCUAGUUGUUCUCCCUUCUCUUGGAUAUUGGUACGAUCCUCUGAUGAUAGGAUCGAAUCUGAGCAAGCAGUAGAGACAAAAUACUUCGUAUUGAACUCACGGACUCUCGCCAGCGACGAGAGACAAAGCAAUGGGAAGGACGACCUUCCUGGGCACAGAGACGAAAGAGAGAGAAGAAGAGUAAAGUAGGGAACAAUUUCGAGAGGGUUCCCCGCCUCUCCAGAAUACCAACUUUGCCGCCCCGACCCCCCCUUCUCGUGCUUUAUUUAUACCCCCUGUCACGUGACAAGCAAGUGACUCCUUAUGCUUUCUAUAGGUCCGUAGUGGGGUCGUAUCAGAUACCUUCCCACUGCUGCGGUUCUCUCCCCAACCAUCCUAGUUCCCUAUGUCAAACAGUUCCCUCUCUGUUCUCCUGAGCAUUCACUUGCACUGUGCUGAAUCGUUUCAAUGAUCGCACUUUAAAUUAGCCAGUUAUCACUAACACCAGGCUUCUAUGAUGCAUUUUCUGGUUGCUGAUGACAAAUACCAUUAUUUACUCACAGGAGACUGCAGAAAAAAAUUCCAGAGAAAAUGAUUGAGUUUUAUCAGUUAGAUUCUCCACUAGCACAUUCUGCCUUGUUAACUUUUAAUGACAACAUUAUGACUGUCGGCUGAUGGGUUUACUAUCUGAAAAUUCCUAUUGUUCCUUUAGAUAUCAGAUCAUUAAAUUAUGUUCAUGUCUUUUUCUCCAAUUUUUAGAACUCUUUUUCCAUUUUUCUAUUACAGCUUGUGUACUCUCGUACGCUGGGGGGCAAUGGAUGCAGAGGCCAACCCUGAAGCUGCAAUGAAGGUUAUUCUGGUUUCAUGGCAAAUUGGUAUAUGUAAUAAUUCCCAUUCUUGUCAAUGGCUAAAAGCACGAGUGACUGCCUUAAGAUCCUUGAACUGUUUUGAGGCAAGUGUUAUUUCUGCCUUUUGUCCAUCUUUUCUCUUUCUUUGUCUUGUUACCUUGUGAAACAGACACGUUUUUUUCCUCUGUACAACUAAUACAUUUCUUUUGAAGAUUGAACAUAUACUCAAAGCAAUCCCUGAUUUUCUGAAAAGGAGCUUGGAGUUUCUUGUUUCUGAAGAUAAUCCUGAAAUCCGGAAGGCAAUGGAAGACCUGGUAGUCAGGAUCAUCAAUUUUGAGCAUAUGUGAAGGAUGCUAACCUUUGAUGUUUAUUUUAUUUCGAGCGAUAAAGAUGAAAUCUUAUAUAGUAGUGCUUUUGGCUUCAGAAAUCGACGUAGAGCUGUAAAGGAAAGAAAAGCAAUGACGCACAAGGUUGAAAAGCUAUUAGACAUCUUUCCUCGUGCUAUGUUUUCUUCGGGUAAGUCUUGCAUCCAAUCCUUUCCCUUAUUCAUGGCUCAUCUGGCUUUCCUGUCAAAAUAUCAGUUAUCAUAAAUCCUUCAAUGAUGGCUGAUACAAUUCCAGUUGGUUUUGGUCUAACCGAAGUAUAUAUAAUUAACAGGCCUCUUGGCGUCAGAGUGAAAUGGCAUCAAAUAAAAAUCACUGAAAAAGUCAUUGGAGACUCUUAUCUGAUUAUUGGCCAUUUUAGAUCUAAAAUUGUAUCUUUAUGUUGAACGAUUCAUUCAACUUGCACUCAUAGGCUCUCUAUGAGGGAUCGCAGGGCCCUCUCCAAGAUUACAAAUUGAGAUGCCCUAUCAACUAACUCCUGACAGAUCAUGCAUAUACCAGGGUUGUCCUUGUUAAUUCUUGGAAAACAUUGUAAGAAAUUUCGAGGAAAUUGUCAUCAUUUUUAUACGAAACUUCAUUAUAAUUAUUUAUGCAGUGUAGCAGGAAAUCAUAGGGCCUAUACAACUGAAGUUAUGGAUUCUAGUUGGGUCCAUGUUUGUUUUAUGAUGUUACAUGUCACGAUGGGAAUACACUUAUUUAUCCCUUUGCUUUUAGUAUGAUAUUGUCAACAUUCAAGAGAAAGUACCUCUAUGUUGAUAUUACAGGCGAUUGGGAAUUUUUUGUGAAGAAACGCAGAACACCAUGUAAAUGGUUUUUUGCAAACAUUGAAGUAAAAAUCUGUAUGUUUAUGCACAUAUUAUUAACAUCACUUAGCUGCUCAUAUUAAUUAAUACAUCUGCAUGUGCAGACGUCUCAGAGGCUAUGGACCAUCUUGUUCAGCAUCCCUCUUUAGCUCAUUGUAGGUUUAGGAUAGUCCUAAGAAUAUUGAAGAACCUCUUGGGUCCCUCUCUAUCUUCAUCACGUGUAAAUGAAUAACAUUUCUAUGGAGUUUAACGUGCAUCUCUUCCAGUUUCGAGUUCUUUCAAUGUUUGCAUCCCAAGAUGUUCAAACACCUUUGGAUGUCCGGUGGAUGUUCUGACAAGCAGUCACUAGCUAAGGGCUUUAGUUCAGGGUUUACGUUUCACAUUUUAGGAGACUCUUCUAGAGGCAUGCAGAUUAGACUAAAUGUGCGCAAACGAUGCAAUUAGUUUAGAAUCACGUUUGUCAAUUUAAAGCACAGAUCCCGCUAAACGUUCAAAAAUUUCUAUGCAUCCCCUGCGCUAACAUUCCUCUAUCCACUUCAAUAACCUUCUCAUAUACCCUCGCAUCAUUUUAAUAUUUCAUCCGAUAACCGACAUGUCCAAACAGCUUUUGUAAGCACUGAAGCAUCUUAAGGCUUCGAAAUUUGGGAAAAUAUUCUCGCGUCCUUGCACAGACGUAGGACGUUGAUAGCCCUUGAAACAAUUCUUGGACAAUCGGUCCAACCAAUGGCUUACAUGUGACGGCAUCCAGUUUACAGGUUUUCUCACCUCAUCACACAGGCCUUUAGUCCUCUUCCCUUCCUGAAGGUGGUGAGCGGGACAUAUUUCUUUUUCCCCGUUUUAUUCUUGUGUUUGCCUAUAUGGUUGUACGACUGUCUAAUGUUUGCCAGGGCAAAUGUCCAGGGAAAGAAUGAUGUGUCUUCAAGUACGUUCUUUGACUAAUUUGUGUGUCUCCAACUAGAAAACCCUCCAAGACGUAGCAAAAAAGUAGCACUCUGACGCCGAGGUUGGAACCACAGAAUCUGUUAUGAGUUAUAUCCAAGUUGUACAUAAUUACUUUAGGAUGUGGAGUAGAUUCCUAAUUAACCUGGCAAAUAUUGUAAGCCCCACCUCCUUCCCAUAUGAAUGUUGAUUUUCUUUCAUAUUAUAAAACCACACGUUCUGUCAGCCACUUACGUGGAGUCGAUGAAUGGUGUUUUCUUAUUUUCAACCAUGAUAUCCUGCCGGAGGUUCGGUGACUUUAGUGGAUGCUUCAAAUGAAGCAGCAAGUCAGCCAAGAAUAUCUCCUGUCACUUAUGCUGUAAAAUCACUCAGUAAUAGUGACCAAAUCUUAAGAUUCGUCUUCACCCUGGUCACUGCUUGCAUUAAGGCCAGGGGUAGGUUACUCUUUUUAUGCUGGGAUGCCCAAAAUCCAAUCAGAUUGAAGAUUCUGAUAUACAUGGGUUUCUCUGUUGUAAAGAAGGCCUAUAAAUGGCAGUCAUUGGCUGUCUUAUUUAGGUAUGUCAAACAGUAAUUAAUGAUAUCAGCUGAACUCUGAAAUCUUAACACUCCAUUAUCUUUUCUCCCAGAGUGUUUAAAGCAUUGCAGUAUAGGAUACCGAACAAAACCAAAACCUAUGUUUACCGGCUACGUUCUAUUCGUGUACCUGAUAUGCUAUAACCAUUUACUGCAGUAUCCUGGGGGAUUCCAUCGGCAUGUUGUGUUAACAGUCUGAUUACACCUUGAACCUUUACAGUUAUGACAUUAGGCAUAUAGAAAACUUCAGCUAUGUGCCCGGUAUAUUUAUAAAGAAAUUGUAGUAAAUUAAUUAUCGACAGCAAAUUUGUCAAAUAGAAAAAAAAGCAUGUGAACUUCCAUACUAAAAGAAAUAGGCUGCCAUUUGUAGCUUUGGAGUAUGUACCUUUUGAAAGAGUCUCUUAUUUUGCAUCUUGAUUUGAAAACUUUUAUUACCCCCGUGGAACUCAUUCUGGUUGUUUAAGAUUGUUUAAAGUUCUACAUUGCCAAUGCUUUAUUCUAUCCUAAUUUGGCUUAAUGUUUAUUAUUCUUUUUCAGAUUGCCUUUCCCUUGAUCAUUUUCUGCCAUAACAUUUCUCUAUGGAAUUCUUUCAUUUGCUGCUUCUGUCCAGGUGGGAAACAAAAAAUUAGUGUUGGAGAACUACCUGGUGCGGCUCUACUGUCUGUUUCUUUCACCUCAAAAGACCUGCAAGGUCCACUUAUGUCAAAGGUAUGAUUUUUUGGCACUAUGAUUGCCCUUAUUUGACAUUAUAUUUGUUCCCUGGGAUUUGGGAUUUUAGAAGUCAUUUUUAGUUUAAAAUUUUUGGACAACUGCCACCUUUUUCUGUAGGAUAUUUCUAAACUUCAUGGGAAAUAUGAAGCUAUGCUAUUGGAAGUUGCUGAAUCCUUACAACUAGCAAGAAAUAUCUGUGUAGCAUUGCUUGCAUUCCAAUCAUGGAAAUCCUUUAUAAAUUGUUGGUUAAGCGCAGUUACAGUUACGGGGGCAUCACCGAAUGCAUCGGAUGAAAGCUCUAAGUCAGCCUCCAUGGUUCUGAAGGUGAUUUUUUAAUGUACUUCAGCUUUGUUCAUAACUAUGUUGUUCAUAGCUUCUUGCAGGUAUUCAUCGCUGGGUGAUUGUUGCAGAUUAGUCUGAUUUUCUGGAAGACUGUCAAGUGCAUAUGUUUCUUAAAUAUCUUUAUUUUUAAGUUUGUUCUAACUUACAAUGUUUGAUAUCUAGAUCUUGCUGAGGUUAGCUGAAAAAUCUAUUCCUCGUGUUGCGGAAAAUAUUGCACUUGCCAUUGGUGCUUUAUGUGUGGUAAGCUUAUAUGCAAUGCAUUGCAUCUAUCUUGAUACUUUUAACUAAUCUCUGCAAUCCGUAGCCAUAUGUACGCAUACAAUUCAACAAAUACUUUUCGUUUCUUGUGGCAUUAGAUACUAUAUGUCUAGAAUGCGAGAUGGGAAAUAGCAUUUUUUAUGCAGUUCUGUCUCUUAAUUUUCCUUGUUAAAUUUUUCCCCUUCAAAGAUGAGAGCUUUAUCCCAUUUUUUACAUGCCAUGGUUUUUGAUAUCAAAUUGAUUUCAAAGACUGGUGCACUGUGUGACAAGCUCUUUAAAUUAAACGUCAAUAAAAAGCAAGUAGGGAACCGUCACUAAAAUAAUUUCAUGUUUUCAAAUGAUUUCGUCUUGAAGAAUGGCAAAUGCUAGUCAAAUAACCUUAGAUCAAACACCGCUGUAAUGUUUCGGAUGUUUUUCUCAAAUGUGAUUUUAAAGACAAAGGCGAUAUGAAAGAUGAAUCCCAAGUGUGCACUUGAUUAAGUUCUGAGGACUAUCUUGAUUUAAGUUUUGUUUCUUGCAUAGUUGAUUCCAGAAAAUUUUCUGGAAGGAUUUAUUACAACAGUAAUAAUUGAAUUCCACAUCUCUGGUAGAGGCUCAGUUUUAUUUAUUCCACUGAGAACGUAUAUUUUCCCUCACUGUAAGAACACAGGGAGCCCUCCUCCCUGGAAUUGUGAGCCCCUGGGAGUAUUUUAAAAUGCCAUGGAGGGUGUUUGUGGGGAUUGAUGAAGAUUGUCCUAGAGGUAAUGGAGCCUCAUUCAGUUCCAAGUAGAUGAACUUUCCAUUGGGAUUGUAGCAUUGGUGGAUCACAGAAAUUCCUGUUGUCCUACAUUCAUUCUUGUCAAAAACUAGAUUUACAGGAAAACAGUCUGAUGACAUCUCAUUUAGACUUAUGGGUCGUUACUAGUAUUAAUGCAAGGGAAAACUAGAGAACAUAAUUGCUAGCAUAUGGUCUUUUUUGGUAGAUUCAGCCGGGACAUUUUAAUAGAAUGGUUAAAAUAUGUCAUAAUGUAUGACGGCUCAAGAAAGUAUAUUGGCAUUCGUACAAUGCUACCUCAUGGAAAGGAAGGAUACCUGGACCAUUCAUUUGGUUCAGUUUUCUUGAUCUUGGAGAAAGGAGUGGCAACAUUCCCUGUAGGUAUUGGAAACACUGACAUGAACGGACGGUGACAAUUUGUACUACUUUGGUAUGCUAUGUCAACAUACUGUGUUAGAUCAAGUAUAGUUAAAUUAUCGAACGAGUGCUACUGCCACAGAAGAUGACAAGAGUUUACCCUGUUCCUUCUACAAGCUAAUUUUGCGUGCAGAGAGUUAGCAUUGUACCAAGUCAAAAGCAAAAACUUAGCAGAAUAAAAAAUGCAAACAUAUAUUUUCUGCAGUCCCUCUAUUGAUACUGAAGAAAAAAAGUUGAAGAGAAUUUUAUAAUGAAUACUGGCAUUCUGUUCAACCUACAUGAGAAUCUCUACUUUUACUCUUUUCGGGAGCAAAGUGGAUGUCUUUCUUACUUCGUGUACUCUUUUUUUUUUUCCUGUGUUGAUCUCUGUCAGGUUUUGCCGCCAUCAGAAUAUACGGUUCUAUCAGAUGCAUCAAGUUUUCUUUUGAAAUGGUUGUUUCAGUAUGAGCAUGAACACCAACAAUGGUCUGCUGCAAUAUCUUUGGGACUGGUGUCAAAUUCUCUGCAUAUAACAGAUAAGUCACGAAAAGUUGAUAUCAUCCAUGGACUCCUUGAGGUACGAGUACAUGUGAUUUAUUUUGUGGAUGCAUAUCGUAUACAUUCUUGCUUGUUUACUGUUCAUGUCAUAAUUCAGUAUAGAAAAAGAAAUCCUUUAUUUUCUUAUGAAAAAGGAAUGUGAUAAGAAUGAAACUCAGGUGAAGGACGGAUAUAUCAUCCUCUCACAAAAACAAAUGAUCAUUUAAAAACAUUCGAUUCCUCCCAAAUAACUGGGCUCGGAAAGUGGCUUCCAGUACUUCCAGGUCGCUUUUUGAGCGGACUCAGUCUUAUUCAGCUUUAUCUCACUUGAUUUUGUCUCUAGCUCUUAAAAUUGGAUUGCUGCCAAAGUCUUCUGCAAUCAAAAGAAUUUCACAGUCACACACAAUCAUGGAAUGUGUGUGAAGGUAAUUUUUUCUGCUGUGAAGGCAAUUUUUUCUGGAGAAGAAAAGUUUAUGGUGAAGAAUAACUUGGAGAUUUCUCAAGUGUAAAAACCCUUUAACUAGGUCGAACGGCAACCAAUUUUGUCUAGAUGGAUGAAUGAACAAUGUAUAAAUUCCAUGAACGUGAUCAGCAAAUCACGUCAAUAAAGUUAUCGCUUCCAUGAAAGGCUCGAUUUUCAGGGAUGUGAAUGUAAUCCUGGUUUAUUACUGUGGAGGAUUAGGAAGAUAUCGGAGCUCCCUUAUCCGUAGCUAUAUGUUUUAACUAUCAUUUGCGGGUAGUAACUCAUUCCACAUAAUUGUCAAGGCAGCACCUAGUGAAUUCACGGAAUCACCGACUCCAGAUUGAUCUAAUUCAAUUGGCCAGUAAUGACUAUUAUUACUCCAAAUUGAGUCUUGCCUUAUUCUCUUUUCCUAGCACUAAAUUUUUGAUCUAGUUCUGAAAAUCAGAUUGGAGUUACGAAAACCUUUGAUGUAGCACUCAUCAUCUUUGCAACACAGAUGAUGAGGUUGGAGUCAUCUUAUCUCCUGAUCAGAAUCUUCAUGAAUAAAUACUUCCUGUGUGAGUAUUUAACUUCGUUUGCUUUUGUUCCUUUAGUUUUCUGAAGUCAGACAUCAGAGAUGUUGUGGUUGGCAUUCGUGUGACUUGUUUAAACAUUUAUGUUGCUAUUAUGAGAAUUUGGAUUUCUUUAUCAAUUUGUUUUAAAAAAUGUUUCAAUUCGCUCAUGAAUAAUGUGUGACUUCGAUCAUUUCCAUAUAUAACGUCUGUGUUAUGAAAAAAAGAGUUUGACUACUACUGUGCUUGUUUUGCUACCUUCAGGUCAGUCAAAAUAGCAGAAGCUGUCUUGUCAAAGGAGCAUGCGGUGCAGGGCUGGGUUUCACUUGUCAGAACCUCUUUACCCAAGUCAAUGAUGAUUCAGAAGGAAGGGUAACUGAAGCAAAAUUGCUUGGAAAAAUCAUCCACUCCUUAUCUUUAACGAUAAGGCAGAUGUGUCCAUCUUCAUCUGAUUCAAUGAUGCAUCUACGUAGAAGCUUUCCGCUGGAUGAGGAUGAAGCACAGGCAGAUGUCUUAACCGACCUUCUGAGUUAUAGCUAUGAGGACGUGAGCGACUCUUGGGGUGCUACAGGCCUCGUCCUUGGGCUGGGGAAUACUGUUGUUGCCUUAUAUAGGCUUGGUGCCUUUGAUGGCAUCAAAAGCAUAAAAAAUAUCCUUCUCUCAUGGAUCACAUAUUGCGAUUUUUCUUCUCAAGGUUCUCAGGACGAAGUGUUUGAGAUCCCAUUAUCUAUAGGCUCAUGUCUUGUACUUCCGACUGUAGUUCACUUCUGUGAAAGAGCUGAGAUGACAGAUAUAGACCUUCCUGGUCUUCUCGAGGUUUAUAGAUCUUUAAUCCCUACACUUACAGCUACAGAGGAUUCUGGGGCAGCACAUCGAAAUCUAUUGAUGGCAUCCUCAAUUGGGGCUGGAUCCCUCCUCUCAUACAUCUUGAAUGAAGGGGUGCAUUCUCUGAAGUUUGAUGACAUAAGAUGUCUGCUGGAAAACAUGAGAAGUUUAUAUACUCAGUCAUACCCUCCCAUUGUCCAGCUGGGAGGGAUGCUUGGGGUCGUUAAUGCUUUUGGUGCGGGAGCUGUGACUCUGACUGAAACAUUUCUCCGGCCUUCUUUGGGAAUUGAUGAUGUUUCAAAGGUUGGGAAUGUUUUUUUUGUUCCUGUUGGGAAUUUUUUUUCUCUUUCUAACCUUUGUCUUUGUCUAUCAUAACAGGAUUCGUUAUAUAUUAGGGGACCUAUAUCUGCCAAUCCUGCUCUUGAGCCCUUGUCUACAUCACUGAUUCAAGAAAUGUUUGUAAUAGCGAAAGAAUCCACGGAUAAGCAAAUACGCAGUUAUGCCGCAUGGUCUGUUUCAUUUCUUAGGCACUGGUGGUUGUCACUGGACUCUCAAAGUGUUCAAGAAUCAAGAAGUGUUUCAGAGAAUACUUUGGUUUGGGGUCUCUACUCUUGGUUAAAUAGAACAGAGGUUCAUUUAUCUUUCCCAGAAGAAUCUCAGUUAAACAUUAUAUGAUGCUUAAUUAUAUUCUAGUGGUCUUUUUUAUUUGUAUAAUCAGUCUCUUAUUCAUUUUUCUUCCGUAAAAUAAUCAGCAUAAGCUUGCGGUUUUCAUUGAAUAAUCUUUGGCACAAGUGAGAUGUGGGCUCCUCAUGUCAAAAUGGCCACUUAUUCCCAGAGAACAGAGUCACAACGAGAGGCUCGAUGUACUUCACAUUCCUUUUCUUUUGUAGAGUUAUUCCUUGUGGGGUCAUGGAUUAAACAUUACCAGUUCUCUCCAGAUCAAUGUUACUAUAUGAGGACCCACUCACACACCCAUAUCCACUGUUCACCUUGAUGCCCAGCUAUUUUCCGAUGCUCGGUUAUGCUCUUGUUCAAAUUUAAACGAUAUGGAUUUUUUUUCAAACCAGAAAAAAAAAAGGCUUUAAAUUGUUAGUCAGCUUGUAGGGGUUAAUAACAAGAAAGUAACAUGAAUCUAAUCUGAAUGGAUACUGAGGUGGUUCGGAGUUUAUAAUUUCAUCUGAUAAUCCUGGACUUAUAUGAUGCUAUUGAUUUUAUUAAAGAUAUAUAUUAUUAGUUUCUAAUCAAUCUUUUUUUUUCUUCUUGAAACAGAUGAAUGAUUUCCCAAAUGUAAAAACAGUUGCAAGCGUCUUAAGGUGUCUUUCACAGGCACCCAGAUUGCCAGGUUCAGCUGAUUGGGGAGCUAUUAUUAAGCGUUGCAUGAGAUAUGGGGCCCAAUCAUCUGCUAAGUCAAAGAUGACCGCCCAGGAGCCCAAUACAAUACGGGAAGAAUGCAUACGCUUGUCAUUAGCCCAUGCAAGUAGUGACAGCUCUCUCAUGCUCUUUGUCGAUGAGCUCGCCAUUGGGUCUCGCUUCAGCACACUAGAACUGAAUCUCCAAUGCUUGCUUCUAUCUCAGCUAUCAGAAAUUAUGGGGGUCUUCUCCGCUUCAAGGUUCGAGAAAUUGUAUGGCGACUUGGUCGAGUGGUUGAGCUCUUCAGCCACUUAUUUGCUUUAUAGCGCCUAUGAGAAAUCCUUGCUACGGAUCUCAUUCUGGAAAGGUCUUCAUCAAUGCCUUGUCAAAGCUUCUGAUAAGUCAGCCGGUGCCUUACAAGUAGAGAAAUGCAUCGAGUUACUAUUCAGUUUGCUGCCUGUCUCCAUCUCCGAUCAUGGUUCAGUAGAGGGGCGGGUUCAUUCCCAAGAGUUAACCGAGGCUGUUAGUUGCCUAUCUGUGGCUCCACAAGACUGGCUGAUGAAUGUGCUUCAGGUAAACUAUGAAUCGCAUAUUUUGCGAGUGGCACAGGCAGCCUACAGCUUUUUCUUCAGAUUUCUCUUGUUUCCAUCUCCCUUUCCCAUUAUGGAAGCUCACGUGAUCCAGAGCUUAGAAAUAUUUUCCAAAUCGGGGAAUUUUCUUCACUAAUGCUUCUACCCACCUACAGGUGCGUAAGAUCAAUGCCAUUGGUGAAGGAAACCAUGAUGCUGAAGCGGUGAAAAAGGUGAUAAUUACAGCUAGGCUUGUAAAGAAGGGUUGCCUCCCAGCAUCUGAGCUAGGAAAGCUGAAGACUUUUAUAUUGAGUUCCGAAUCCGAAGGUGUCUCUCUCAGCUUCCUGCAAAGUUCUACGAGAUUAGGAUAUGAUGAUGCAUUAAAAUUGUUCAUGAAAAAUGGCAUAGUACCAUUACUUUUUCGAUUUAUAUUGUUUAAUCUCUGGUCUGCAGGUAUUUGGAUCGUCCUCUUGGAAGUUGUCGGAGCAUUAUAUGGCGCCGACAGCUCUAUAAAGGGACAAUGGCUCCUGGAUGCUAUAGAAAUCAGCUGCAUUUCACGACAUCCAACCACGGUUAGUACUUUACCCAGUUCAUACUGCUGUCCAGCUCAAUAACAUGACCAUCUCAAGAUCUUAUGCGCGAAAGUUUUGAAAACUAUGUGAACACAUGUAGUAAUCUUUCUAUUAAAUGUGAACUAUGUGAACAACAGAUGUAAUAACCUCAGCCUCUUAUCAAAUGGUGCUCAUGAGGAGCAUCAUAUCCUCAGUCUUAUUUUCUUUCAGGAAAGAAAUAAAUAUAAAUCCAGAACAACCCAUAUAACCCUUUGCUUUUUUCUUAUUUCUCUUCUCCUCUGAGCACAGUGCUCCUCUCCUUUCUCCUUUUCUCCCUGUUUUGCAGGCUCUGCAGUUUGUAGGGAUCCUGUCAGGUCGAUGCUGUGAUUACAUGCCGCUUCUGAUUCUCAGCCCAGAAGCCGUCUUGAGCGACCUACCAGUGACUCUCCCUUCUCUCCUCUCGAGCAGCAGCUGGAGCUUCAUUGCAGAAAAACUGGUAGAUACGCUGUGGGAAUCAACCAAGCGAAUCUGCAACUGGGCCACACGAUUGCACGCUGGAAACGCGCGUGCUGGACAGGACGACAUCGACAGAAGCGAAAACAGCCGCUCACUCCUGCUGGGCCAUCCAAUGCGGGAGACCUGCCUCUCGCUUAAACAUCACCUGCCAUUUGAGAAGAGGCUAA